AUGCCUCGAGAAGCGGAACCGUCAUUAAGCGAGCGGACUUUUACCCUCCAGGCUAUCAGCGAAGGGUUGAGAUUAGACGGCCGAAAACUCGACGAAUUUAGAUCUCUGGAACUCAGCUUUGGAGAUGACUAUGGCGUGGCAGAUGUAAAGCUGGGGAAGACAAGAGUACUGGCCAAAGUAUCAGCGGAAGUCACAGUCCCGUUCCCUGAUCGACCCUUUGAUGGCAUCUUUCAAAUCACUUCAGAGCUCGGCCCCAUGGUGGCCCCUUCGUUUGAAGUCAACCGUCCAACUGAAACCGAAGUUUUACUCGCCAGACUCCUCGAAAAGACCAUCCGGAGAUCGGGAGCCCUGGACACGGAAUCGCUGUGCCUCGUCGCCGGGCAAAAGUGCUGGUCCGUCAGAGUCGAUCUCCACGUUCUCUCCGCCGACGGCAACCUUAUCGACAGCUCAUGCUUCGCCGUUGUGGCUGCGCUGAGGCACUUUCGGAAGCCCGACACCAGCAUGGAAGGCGAGACGCUCACCAUCUACACACCUGCGGAGCGUGAGCCCGUGCCCCUGAGCUGGCUGCAUUCCCCAUUCUGCACGACGUUUGAUUUCUUUGGCGAGGACGGCGAGAUAGUCUUGGUGGAUACUACAUGGCUGGAGGAACAGCUGCGGGUGGGCAGUUGCACAUUCAGUCUGAACAAGCAUGGCGAGAUAUGUCAGAUUUCGAAGCUGGGAGGCAAGCCUAUAGAGGCUACGUUGAUCAUACAGUGUGCUCAGAUGGCUUUGGCAAAAGUAAAAGAGUUUACGGACUUGGUGGAUAGGAAAUUGGCGGAGGAUGCCAAGAGGAGAGACAAGGGUGGCUUGAUGGCUGAGCUGUCUGCGGAAAAUGAGAGAUGA